UCACCUGCUACGUAGUUUGAGGAAAGAACAAACGUGUUUGACAACAGUUUUUCAUUGAAUUUCAAGCCCUCUCUCAUCAUGUCUACACACUACCACACCCCUAAUUUAUAUGCCAUCAUAGUCUUUCUCUAUAUUUCAUUGCUCUUUACUCUCUAAUUUUGGGAAAAACCAUGGCCUCCUCCUUUACUUAGUGCAUUAAGAAUACCAUAAUUCUGAAUUUCAUGUAAUAUAUUCCAAUAUCUAAGAGAACCCUUUUUCUGUCUGUAGAAUCUACUAUGGAUUUUGUUAGCCAAAGGCACCUACUUCAAUUGUCACAUGCAACACCUCCUUCUUCUUCAAAUAAUUAUUCCUUCUUAGUAAUCCUUGUCAUAGGAAUAAUGUUUACAUCUUUCUUCCUUAUAGGCUACUACAUGUUAGUUGUCAAGUGCUGCCUCAAUUGGCCCCAUGUUGAUCAUGUAAGGAUUUUUUCUCUAUCUAGGCUUCAUGAAGAUCCAUCUGCACCAUACUCAACAGCAUCUGAGCCUAGAGGGCUAGAGGAAGCAGUGAUCAAAUUAAUCCCAGUGAUUCAAUACAAGCCAGAGGAAGGGAACACAGAAUUUGGUGAAAGAAGCUUAAUUAGUAGUGAGUGUUCAGUUUGCUUGAGUGAGUUUGAACAAGAUGAGAAGCUGAGGGUUAUACCAAACUGUAGCCAUGUCUUUCACAUUGAUUGCAUAGAUGUUUGGCUUCAAAACAAUGCUCAUUGCCCUCUUUGUAGAAGAACAGUUUCCUUGACAAGCCAAGUCCAUCGUCAUGUUGACCAAGUCAACCUUCUUAUCACUCCAAGGCCUUCCCAUCAGGGCCAAAGCCAAAACAAUGAAAACCUCACUGAUGAAGGAGGUUUUGUUGUGAUUGAUUUGGAUGGUGAACAUGAUAGAGACCAAGGAAGACAAGAAGAGUUACCAACAACAUGUCCUAUCAUUAGUCUUUCUUCAGGAAUUAAGUUAUUGGAGGAGAAGAAAGCAAGGAAGCUUCAAAAAGUGACUAGUUUGGGAGAUGAGUGUAUUGGUGUUAGAGCCAAGGGUGAAAGGUUAUCAGUUCAAGCCAUGAAGAGGUCUUUCUCCAUGGACUCAUCAGUGGAUAGAAAGUUUUAUGGGGCAGUUCAAGAGGCUUUACAUCAACAACAGCAAAAUGGGAAUGUGUUUGAGGUCAGCACAAUUGAAGCUUCUGGUGAAAGUGAUAGAGUCAAGAGAUCAUUCUUUUCUUUUGGACAUGGAAGCAAAUCAAGAAGUGCUGUACUCCCUGUUUAUUUGGACCCCUGAUUUUUUAUUUUUUUUUAGUAAAAUGUGCUUUAGUUUCCAUAUUUUUUGGUAAAAUUUUAUCUUAGUUCCAAUACUUUAAAAAUAACAAUUUUGGCCUUCUUAAUCUUUGUUUUUUUCUUUUAUAAUUGGUGAAUUUCGUCUCUUACGGUAUUAUCUUAAGUUUAGGUAUGAAAUUCCCCAACGAUCAAAAAUAAGAACAACAGAAUCAUCAUUUUUAAAGGACAGGAACUAAGAUUAUUUUAACUGAGAAUUAAAGAACCUAAAACACAUUUUACACUUUCUUUUUUCCUGCCCGCUUUUCAUUUUAGUUGGCCUAUAUAUGUUUACAACUUUAUUUGAAUGAUAGUAAUGUGAGUCAGAGAAAUUAGAUGUAUGAAAUGAAAGGGGCAUAGGAAUGUAUGAUACACGGAUGCUA